AUGGUAGGCACGCAGGGAGACUGCGGCGCGGUUUUGUAGGCGGAGCCCGGCGACGAGGAGGACCCGCCAGAGAAGGCCACAGAAGCCACAGCCGAAAAGCGCCGUCGUCGCCUCUCUUUUCCCGAAAAAAUUAUUCGAUCAACCGACGGAAAUCAGAGCUGACGGGUCAGAACGAACUUUGUGCGUGUGUGUGCCACAGCUGCCCCCAGCUGUUGUCUCCCCCGAAAAAGUCGUCGUCGGCGUUCAACACCAACACCAACAAGACCUUCUGAAAGUUGAAUCGCUUCUGAUUUGCUUCCGACUGAAUUCUCUCAAGGCUUACCGAACCGGCAAGCCUUAA